AUGUCAGCCCCCAGCCAAUCCAACACCAACCCUCUGCCCUUUCUGCUGAGGGGUGUCCCUGACCUGGAGGUUUUCCACAUGUGGAUUUCCAUCCCGUUCUGCAUCUCCGACAUCAUGGCCUUGCUGGGAAACACCCUGGUGCUCCUGGCCGUGGGCCUGGACAGGAGCCUGCACAAGCCCAUGUCCUGUUUCAUUGCCACGUUGGCCCUCAUCCACCUCAUCUUCUCCACUGCCGUUGUUCCCAAGAUGCUGGGUGUGUUCUGGUUGGAUUCAAGGGAGAUUGGCUUUGAGGCCUGCUUCAUCCAGAUGUUCUUCAUCCACACAUUCUCCGCAAUGGAGUCGGGGGUGCUCCUGGCCAUGUCCCUGGACCGGUACGUGGUCAUCUGCCACCCUCUGAGGUACAGCAGCAUCCUGACCAGCCCGAGGGCCAUCCAGGCAGGACUGCUGUCCCUGGCCAGGGGAGUUGGUAUCAUGAUCCCCUUGAUGUGGCUCCUCACCACACCCUACUGCAGCAGCAGGGUGAUCCCCCACUGCUACUGCGAGCACUUGGCUGUGCUGGGGCUGGCCUGCGCCGACACGGCCACCAGCCACCGCUACAGCCUCGGCAUGGCCACGCUGCUCGUGGGGACAGACCCUGCCUUCAUCACCUUCUCCUACUGCAUGAUCCUCAGGGCUGUGCUGGCUGUGCUGAGGCUGCCAUCCCACAGGGCUCGGCUCAAGGCCCUCGGGAUCUGCAGGUCCCAUGUUUUCGUCAUCCUGAUCUUUUACACAGGUGGGCUCCUCUCCAUGUACCUGCAGAUGUUCACUCGCAGCUUGGCACCUCAUGUCCAGGUGCUGGUGGCUGAUUCCUAUCUGACAGUCCCUCCCACGCUCAACCCGCUCGUUUAUGGCAUAAAGGUGAAGCAGAUCCAGGAAGGAAUCCACAAACUGCUGGGGCAGCUGGGCCGGGCCGCGCUCCCCACGCCCCCGGUCCCGCUGCGCUGCGGCCGCGCCACCAGCGCCCCCCGGCGGCCGCGCGCGGAGCUGCAGGAGCCGCGCCACCCCCGGGACCGGACCGGGACAGAACCGGGACAGAACCGGGACAGAACCGGGACAGAACCGGGACAGAACCGGGACAGGAUCGGGACCGGGGUUCGUGUGCUCGGGACAGAACCGGGACAGGGCCAGGAUCGGGCCCGGGGUUCGUGUGCCCCUGGAAAGAUCCUUGCCGUGUCUGCGGCGUUUUCCAUUUCUCCGGCUUUUCAAAGCCCAAGGUGCCCAUCAGGGCAGGUCCGAGCUCUCACUGUCCUGGCCCUGAGGCACCUCAACAAAACCCAGCUGUGGAUGGACAUUUGGCAGCUCGUUGUCCUCUGUCCUUCCCCUGGCACCUCGCAGCCCUGCACAGCCCGGCGGGAGCACAGGGCCAGCUCUCCUGCCUGAGGGGACACAGACAUGCACCUGCAGCGCCUGAGCUGCUCCUGCCCUUCCAGGGCUUUUGGACAGACAAGAUAAGCCGGCAGUCAGCUUCCCCAAAAGUCAAAUGGGUUGUUGAUUAGAGGAUGUGGUUGGUUAUCAGCUGUAUUUAUCGUUGUGGACUUGCCUCAGAGGCUGCCUGAGGCGGUGGUUGGUGUGUUAGAAAAGGAAUAAAGAGGAGAAGUUGAUGGGAUGGGAAA